AACCCUUGCACCAUCUCUCCCACGAUCUGUUCUCCACAACCUUUGCAAACCUCGGAAGUCGAAACCGAAGUUUGCAGCUACGAAGACGAACUUUAAGCCCAAAACCUCCCUUUUUAACCCCAUAAAUAGCUCAUUUAAACUCUCGCAACUCUAUCUUUAUUGUGUUGUCAAUUUAUGUGACUUGUGGUGUUCAGUGAUGAAAGAUUAGAUCUUUUCCAUCGAAGACGGGCUAAAAUUGUGUUCCAUUACUCUAAAUUUUGGUAUUAUAAAUAUACCUCCUUUUCAUUUAUCUGUUGGUCUUUGUAGAGAUUUAGAGGCUUAUGAAUGGCUUGCAGAGCGGCUGGCAAAAGGGGUAUUGAUGUUGGUCUCGCAAGAGUUUUGACUUCGCCAUCACUAGGGCAUGCUGUGGGGUUAACUUCAAGAACUAGUCUCGAUGGUGCUUCAGUCAGAUAUAUACCUGAGUCUUCUUUCAGCUCAUUUCUACAAGGGUCUGGUCAUCACACUACAAAAGAAUCAUCUAUCAGGAUUGUGUCAUGGCUCUAUAUCUCAUUUAGGUGCUUUCACGCUAGUCAAGAACUGUGGGCUAGAAGAAAAAAUGAUAACCAAGGAGUUGAUUUGAAGACACAAAAGAAAGGGAAGUUUGCCAAAAGGAUCAAAAAACCUCCAGUUGAUGCUCCAUAUGUGCCUCCUAAACUGAAAAGAAUUACCAAGUCCUUGCAAGAUAAAACAAUUGACAUAUUUGAAGGCAUGACCACUGUUGAGCUUGCCAAGCGCACUGGUCAGUCAGUUAUAACUCUGCAGGAAUUUCUUGUUAAUCUUGGGGAAAAGGUUGUCUCAGAAUUUGACCCCCUCAAGAUCGAUGUUGCGGAGCUGGUUGUAAUGGAAGUUGGGGCCAAUGUCAGGAGGCAACACUCCAAUGAAGGUUCGGAAAUUCUUCCCCGACCAGUUGUUGUAACAGUCAUGGGUCAUGUUGACCAUGGUAAAACUUCUCUUUUGGAUGCUCUACGUCAAACAUCAGUGGCAGCAAAGGAAGCUGGAGGCAUAACUCAGCAUCUGGGUGCUUUUGUUGUGAGCAUGCCUUCAGGGGCAUCAAUCACAUUCCUUGACACUCCUGGUCAUGCUGCUUUUAGUGCAAUGCGAGCAAGAGGUGCAGCGGUCACCGAUCUAGUUGUGCUUGUUGUUGCAGCUGAUGAUGGGGUGAUGCCUCAAACUCUUGAAGCCAUAUCUCAUGCAAAAUCAGCUAAUGUACCAAUUGUAGUUGCAAUUAAUAAAUGUGAUAAACCGAGUGCAAACCCUGAGAGAGUCAAACUCCAGCUUGCAUCUGAAGGCUUUUUGCUUGAGGAAAUGGGUGGAGAUAUUCAGGUAGUUGAAGUUUCCGCUGUUACAAAAACUGGAUUGGAUAACCUGGAGGAGGCUAUACUUCUUCAGGCAGAGAUGAUGGAAUUAAAAGCACGUGUUGAUGGUCAUGCUCAAGCUUAUGUAGUAGAGGCAAAACUUGACAAAGGACGAGGUCCUUUGGCUACUGCUAUAGUGAAGGCUGGGACUUUAGUUUGUGGGCAGCAUGUGGUUGUUGGCUCAGAGUGGGGAAGAAUAAGGGCUAUUAGGGAUAUGUCAGGGAAGCUGACUGAGCGGGCAAGACCAGCGAUGCCAGUUGUUAUUGAAGGGCUGAAGGGGCUUCCUAUGGCUGGUGAUGAUGUUACUGUUGUGGAAACUGAGGAGCGAGCUAGAAUGCUAAGUGCAGGGAGGAGAAGGAAAUAUGAAAAAGACAGGCUUAGGCAGAUCAUGGAGGAAAGGACAGAAACUAACAAACCAUCAGAAGAUGACUCUGUUGUGCCCGAGAGGACUGAAAUGCCAUUAAUAGUAAAAGCAGAUGUGCAAGGAACUGUCCAAGCUGUCACAGAUGCCUUGAGGACUUUAAACAGCCCUCAGGUUUUUGUGAAUGUGGUCCAUGUUGGUGUUGGGCCUAUUUCUCAGUCUGAUGUGGACCUGGCACAAGCCUGUGGUGCAUAUAUAGUUGGGUUCAAUGUGAAGAGUCCACCUAGUUCUAUUAGUCAGGCUGCAAUCCAAGCUGGUACAAAGAUUAUGCAGCACCAAGUGAUCUAUCACCUAUUGGAUGAAGUUGGCAAUUUGAUAGUAGACAAAGCCCCUGGGACGCUCGAGACCCAGGUAGCUGGGGAGGCUGAAGUGCUGAACAUCUUUGAGCUAAGAGGAAGGAGCAAGUCUGCAGGAGGUGAUAUAAAGAUUGCUGGCUGCAGAGUGGUGGUUGGCCAUUUUAGCAAAUCAUCGACCAUGAGGCUUCUAAGGAGUGGGGAAGAAGUGUUCGAAGGACCCUGUGCAUCUCUAAAGACUAGCAAGCAUGAUGUGGAAUUGGUGGAGAAAGGAAAUGAAUGUGGACUUGUGAUCCUUGGCUGUAAUGAUUUUCAGAUUGGAGACGUCAUCCAGUGCUUGGAGCAAGUAGUUAGGAAGCCCAAGUUGAUCAUAUCAGACAAUGGUAUUGCUCGAAUUGAGUGCUAUUAGUGCCUUUAAUAGCGAUAAUUCUUCAAGACAGGUUCAAUUCUCCAGUCCAGGUACACCCCCGUGGAUUCUGCAACUGAUUGUUCUGGACCCUAAUCAUUGCAUGGCACAAGUUUAAUAAACCCUGCAAAUUUUGAGAUCAAAGUGGGGAGUUGAUACAAGUUUUGCUGUUCAAUCGAGGCAUUUACUAAUUAUUGAACCAAAAAGAAAAAACAAAAAAAAAGGGAUUUCUUUAGUGAUUUAUUCUUCGAAGAACACAGAAUAACAUAGCUUAUUCUUUAAAGAACACAUGACUAACAUAUCUGCAUAAUGCUCCUCUCCCUGGUAGCUUUAUUCAAUCCAAGAACUUUGAAUAACUCUUGUUGAUGAUGAAAA